CUGCCUGAGAAAGAGAGCCAUUUAAUUUGUGGAGUGAACAGGGAUAUGCGUCAGUUCGUCCGUCGUAUCCAAGACACUGCCGAUGCCGCGUCCACAAUCUGCUCAACGUCACUGUUUCAUCAGGCGAGAGAAGAGAAGAAGACCAGAACCACCAGAAGAGAGGGACAGGCAGAGAACGAGAGAAAAGCGAGGCAGUGUUGGUGCACUGAUGCUUGUGUGCGAAUACAAGAAGGACGAACUCCUGGAAGCUGCGAGGAGCGGAAAUGAAGAGAAGCUCAUGGCCCUGCUCACGCCAUUAAAUGUCAACUGCCAUGCCAGCGACGGUCGUAAGUCGACAUCGCAAAAAAUGCUGUCUACUCCAUUGCACCUGGCAGCCGGAUACAACAGAGUCCGAAUAGUUCAGCUUCUCCUGCAACAUGGCGCUGAUGUUCAUGCUAAAGAUAAAGGUGGUCUUGUUCCUCUACACAACGCCUGCUCAUAUGGACACUAUGAGGUUACAGAGCUACUGCUAAAGCAUGGGGCAUGUGUUAAUGCCAUGGACCUCUGGCAGUUCACCCCUUUGCAUGAGGCUGCCUCCAAGAAUCGUGUGGAGGUGUGUUCCCUGCUGCUGAGUCAUGGAGCCGAUCCCACGCUGGUCAACUGCCACGGGAAGAGCGCGGUGGACAUGGCCCCGACCCCAGAACUCAAAGAGAGGCUCACAUACGAGUUUAAGGGCAACUCUCUUCUUCAGGCGGCACGGGAAGCAGACAUGACCAAGGUAAAGAAGACCCUAGCUUUGGAGAUCAUCAACUUCAAGCACCCACAGACGCAUGAGACGGCACUGCACUGUGCUGUUGCCUCACCUCACCCAAAACGAAAACAGGUCACUGAACUGCUGCUACGGAAAGGAGCCAAUGUCAAUGAGAAGAACAAAGACUUCAUGAUGCCUCUCCAUGUGGCAGCAGAACGGGCGCACAAUGACAUCAUGGAGGUUCUGCAGAAACACGGGGCGAAGAUGAAUGCUGUUGACACGCUGGGUCAGACUGCAUUACACCGGGCGGCUCUGGCUGGACACUUGCAGACAUGCAGGAUACUUUUGAGUUAUGGAGCCGACCCCGCCAUCGUCUCCCUGCAGGGCUUCACAGCCGCACAGAUGGGCAAUGAAGCUGUACAGCAGAUCCUAAAUGAAAACAUUCCAGUGAGGAACUCAGAUGUGGAUUAUAGACUCUUAGAAGCAGCAAAAGCAGGAGACUUGGACACUGUGAAGCAACUUUGCUCCCCUCAGAAUGUGAACUGUCGAGACCUGGAGGGCCGUCACUCCACACCGCUACACUUUGCCGCCGGCUACAAUCGCGUGGCCGUGGUUGAGUAUUUCCUGCACCACGGUGCUGACGUCCACGCCAAAGACAAAGGAGGUUUGGUGCCGCUGCAUAACGCCUGCUCGUACGGCCAUUACGAAGUGGCAGAGCUGCUGGUCAGACACGGAGCGUCCGUCAACGUGGCUGACCUGUGGAAGUUCACUCCGCUGCAUGAGGCGGCAGCCAAGGGCAAAUAUGAGAUCUGCAAACUCCUUCUGAAGCAUGGAGCAGACCCCACCAAGAAGAAUCGGGAUGGAAACACGCCAUUGGACAUGGUGAAGGAGGGAGACACAGAUAUCCAGGACUUGCUGAGAGGAGAUGCAGCGCUUUUGGAUGCCGCCAAAAAAGGCUGCCUGGCCCGGGUCCAGAAACUGUGCAGCUUGGAGAACAUCAACUGCAGAGACACACAGGGACGCAACUCGACUCCGCUGCACCUGGCAGCUGGCUAUAACAAUCUGGAGGUAGCAGAGUAUUUACUUGAGCACGGGGCGGACGUCAAUGCACAGGACAAAGGUGGCCUUAUUCCCCUCCACAACGCGGCCUCGUACGGGCAUGUGGACAUCGCGGCCCUGCUGAUCAAGUAUAACACCUGUGUAAAUGCCACUGAUAAAUGGGCCUUCACACCCCUUCAUGAAGCUGCGCAGAAGGGCCGCACACAGCUCUGUGCUCUGCUGCUGGCCCACGGGGCUGACCCCACCAUGAAGAACCAGGAGGGCCAGACACCGCUGGACUUGGCGACGGCUGAUGAUAUCCGGGCGCUGCUGAUUGAUGCCAUGCCCCCUGAAGCGUUGCCUAGUUGUUUUAAGCCCCAGGCUACAGUGGUCAGUGCCUCCGUCAUCUCUCCAUCAUCCACACCUUCCUGUCUGUCUGCCGCUAGCAGCAUAGACAAUCUGGCCGGGCCCCUGGCAGAGCUGGCCGUACCUGGAGCCUCAGGCCCUGCUGAUGGGGCUACUGGAUCAGAGAGGAAGGAGGGAGAAGUUACAAUUCUGGAUAUGAACAUCAGUCAGUUCCUGAAGAGUUUGGGUUUGGAGCAUUUGCGGGAUAUUUUUGAGCGGGAACAGAUUUCACUGGAUGUGCUGGCUGACAUGGGGCACGAGGAGCUCAAGGAGAUUGGGAUCAACGCUUACGGGCACAGACACAAACUCAUCAAAGGCACUGAGAGGCUGCUGGGCGGUCAAAAAGGUGCCAACCCAUACCUGACAUUCCACUGUGCGAGUCAGGGCACGGUGCUGAUCGACCUGGCCCCUGAUGACAAAGAGUUUCAGUCGGUAGAGGAGGAGCUGCAAAGUACGAUCAGAGAGCACAGGGAUGGUGGCAAUGCUGGGGGUGUUUUCAGCAGAUACAACAUCCUGAAGAUUCAAAAGGUGGUGAACAAGAAGCUGAGGGAGCGUUACGCACACAGACAGAAGGAGAUCACAGACGAGAACCACAACCAUCACAACGAGCGCAUGCUCUUUCACGGGUCACCGUUCAUCAACGCCAUCAUUCAUAAAGGGUUUGAUGAGAGGCACGCUUACAUAGGGGGGAUGUUUGGAGCAGGGAUUUACUUUGCAGAGAACUCCUCUAAAAGCAACCAGUAUGUGUACGGCAUCGGAGGAGGGACAGGCUGCCCCACACAUAAAGACCGCUCCUGUUACAUCUGUCACAGACAGCUGCUGUUUUGCCGGGUGACUCUGGGUAAAUCCUUCUUGCAGUUCAGUGCCAUGAAGAUGGCCCACGCUCCUCCAGGGCAUCAUUCCGUCAUCGGCCGUCCCAGCGUCAACGGGUUAGCCUACGCCGAAUAUGUCAUCUACCGAGGGGAACAGGCCUUCCCAGAGUACCUCAUCAUAUACCAGAUCAUCAAGCCAGACAGCACACCUCCAUCCCCGGCAGAAGCGGAGCAGAAGUCCUAGUCCACACGGGCGGCCCUGCGAAACGCUCAGACUGUUACCCAAACAUCUCACACACAUCCACAGACGCCUCCUCACAUGAUAGGAAUCACAUCCGCUCACCCAUAAACCUCUGCGCUGCCUCUUUAAUUUGCAGUUAGGCUCCAUUUAUGUCCCUGUGAGUGUUUACAAGAAAGAGUUGCCUUGGCUGGCCGUGUCCUGGCCUUCCUUUUCAGGUCAAGGGUCGGGAUAUCGGCCAUAAUGCUGUUUCAGGGCUAAACGAAAGGACUCGCCUGCUCCGUGAAAGACAACAAGUGACCUCUUCCCCAUCAUUCUAUUCAAUUUAACACUGUUCAAGCAUUAACUUCCUUUCUUUGAAAUGGUUUUACUAUUACUGUGAUUAAUUACCUUUCUGUUGUAUUUUCAUCUGUUUGAUUCACAAUAAUGGACCACGUCUCAAAGGGACCUGACAUUUCAGCAAUCCUCCUUUCCAUUAUUGAAGUUAGCUGAAGACCCUGAAAAUCUCAUUGUUGUGGUUUUAAUUUUCUUUAUGCAUUAUUAAAGAAAAGCCUUAGAGGGGUUUUAAAGCAAAAGGAAUGUUGAUGCAGAAAUCAGAACUAUUCAAAAGACCUUUGACCACAAAAUAGCAAAAAUUGUAUGCUUUUAUUCCUUUUUUUUUAACAUAUCUUUGCACAGGAAUACUGGUCAGAAUGUCCCAUUCCAUUGCCAUAGCCCAAAAUGCAUCUUUUAAAGAAUUUGCACUUUUAAGCAGGUCUUAAGUUUAAUUUUAAAAAAUGUCCAGUAAUGUACAGGUUGUGUAAUGGACAAUGCCUUUGUAUAGCUUUUAAUGUUGUUUACUGAUGCAGAGUGGGUUUUAUUAGUACUGUAAAGGAAGUGGGAAUUCUUGUUUUCAGAUCAUUCCUUCUAUAUUUUUGGACGACCAAAUGACUUCGCUUUGGAAGUCGCUGCUUUUGCUUUCGAUAUGUUUUGGAUCACAACCACAAGAAUUCCUCAGUCGUGUUCAUUCCAGUCCUGUUUCUCUGGCAUCAGAGAAACGCCUCUUUUACGAGGGUUUCCGUAACGCUUUUCCUGUUACACACUACUGAUAUCAGAGGCUCGGCUGACUCGCAUUCAUGUUACAGAAUGAAAUGAAGAACGCGGCUCUACCUCUGAAAGUCUCAUGGUUUGGUUGCUUUGCUCAGGUGUAGUUUGUGGUUCUGGACUUGUGUACUGGAGGUCAUCUGCCUUACUCCAGGAUUCUGUGUGUUCAAACCAGAGAGAAAGAGAGCAGACCUUUCUUCUUCUCUUAGUAGUAUGAGCACAGACAUGUCCACUGCUCCCCCCCAAGCCAAUAUUUGGGAGACCAACUCCUGAACUAUUUCUCAAUUCUUUGAGCUGUAUUUUUACUUCAUUUCCAUGUUCCUGUGAACUUUAAUCAGAAACGGCUUGUCUACCAUAAGCCAUCUUCGGACUAAUCAAACACUCCUCAAUCAUGUAAAAAGGUGUUAAUAAAGUACAUGUCAUUAA